UGCUGAUUUCCGCUUCAUAUGUAUAGCGUCCGUGCUCGUGCCACGCUAACCUCAAUAACUCCCGGAAUAUCGACACCAUGAGCUCCGAAGAAAGCACUCCUCUCCUGGCGCAAUCCGAAAUCCCUCCUGCGACAUGGUAUGAUUAUUACGAGCUCGCAAGACUGCACAAAUUCCCUCUGGGAAACAUUCUCGUCUUCUGGCCAUGCGCGUGGGGGCUGCUCAUGGCCGCAUAUCGAGCCCACACACCGCUGAACGACAUCCUCGUCAAGACCCUUCUCUUUGCCGUCGGAAGCACUCUGCUUCACAGCGCAGCGUGCGUGCUGAACGAUAUCUGCGAUGUCGAUCUUGAUCGACAAGUCGAGCGAACAAGAAAUCGACCGCUGGCACGCGGCUCGAUCUCGAUAUUUGCAGCUUCGGUUUGGCUGAUAUUUCUGACUUCCGGGAGCGUUGGUUUGCUCUUCCUGACGAAUGGCACUGCUUUCCGAUACGGUCUCAUCGGCCUCUUCCCUCUCCAUGCAUUGUAUCCCCUCAUGAAGCGAUGGACGUAUUGGCCCCAAGCAUGGCUCGGUCUCGCGAUGAACUGGGGAUAUCCGACAGCCUGGCUUGCAGUCACUUCAGCCAUGGAUUGGCCAGUCGUUGGAACUUUCUUUGCAGGGACAGUUUGUUGGAGCAUCGUCUAUGAUACAAUCUACGGCUGCCAGGAUAUACAAGAUGAUCUGAAAGCAGGCAUCAAAUCAACUUCCAUUCUAUUUGGAUCAAUGGUCCGACCAAUUUUAGUCGGUUUUGCCACAUUGUUUUUGGCUGCAAUGGCGUACUCUGGAUUUUUGAAUGGCCAAGGUAUCUAUUUCUUCUCGAUCAGCAUCGGAGGCACAGCAUUAUUUUUUACCUGGGUGUUCACCACUUGGGAUUUUAGAAACGUGGCCGACUGCGGGGCUAAAUUUGAGGCCAACGGAAACAUGGGGGUGAUCAUCUGGUUCGGACUGUUUCUGGAUUAUUACUACAAAGGCGCAUAGUCUACAUCAGUGUAGUCCAAUGCUGCGUGAACGUGCAAUUUAGAUCCUCUUUUCCAAAGUUAGUAGAAUUGAUCUAACGCAGAGUCUC